CCUGUCCAUUCGUCUGCCUUGAUCUGCUCAUCCCGCCGGAAUCAUUCCAGCCACACCGUCCCCAGUGAGCCAGUGUCUCCAGUUGCCCUUGUCCCAGAGUUCUGUAGCGAGUCUGGUCCCUACAGCGCACGUGCCACUCGUUCACAUGCUCCACUGGACAGGCAUGAUGUCUUCAAAAUAUCUGGCCAGUGAAAGCCUCUGGAAUCUAUUAAUCGUACGUCAGGCCUACAUUUGCCUGUAUCACACGGAUCAACACUUUACGCAACUACUACUGCGGUACAUACACUCACGACACCCCCGUCCUCGCAUACAUACGGCACUAAAAUAAUCCCAAGGACCGCAACCGCCCUUGCCGCGCAUCGCAACCCCAUCGCAUCAUGGAGAAGUUCUCCCAGUUUCGCGACAGAGGGUCCGGCAUAUCCCCCUUCAUACCCACCUCCUCCCCCACCUCCAUAUUCAGCAACCUAACCUCCACCAUCCUCUUCCUCAUCCGCCUCCCCAUCUUCCUCGCUUACACCCUCCUCUACUUCCUCUUCCUCCACCACUUCCCCCUCCCCGCCGUGGCCCACAAGCUCCUCCUCUGGACCUACCUCUCCAUCCCCGGAAUCUGGUGGGUAGACCUCCAACUCGACGGCGUAAAACGCGGCUCCCUCUCCCAGCAACCCCCCUCCCGCGUCCCCCACCCCGGCUCCCUCAUCGCCGCCAAUUUCACCUCCCCCGUCGACGCCCUCUACCUCGCCGCCGUCUUCGACCCCAUCUUUGUCGUCUCCUACCCCCAUUCCCGAAAAGUCCAACGCAUCUCGCUCAUCGCAGCAAUAAUCAAUGCCUUGUCCCCCGCCCCCUUGUCCCCUCCUCCGGGAAGUAGUCUCACCGACCUGAGGACGAUCAUCGAGAAGAAUCCCAACAGGGUUGUUGCCAUCUUUCCGGAAUCGGGCACGACGAAUGGAAAGGGGAUUCUGCCGUUGAGCCCGGCCUUGUUGACUGUGCCGGCUGAGGCAAAGAUCUUCCCUGUCAGUAUGAGGUAUACGCCACCUGAUAUUACGACGCCUGUGCCUGGAACUUGGAUCCAGUUUUUGUGGAAGCUGCUGGGGCGGCCGACGCAUUGUAUUAGGGUCAGGAUUGCGGAGGGGAUGGUGAAUACCACCAAGGCCGUCAAUGGGGUUUCAAGCCAGGAGGAGAGCACGCCCAGUGGGGAGGACGGGGUGACGGUGGAGGAGCAGAAGCUGCUGGACAAUGUCGCGGAGGCCUUGGCUAGGUUAGGGAGGGCGAAGAGGGUGGGCUUGACGUUGAAGGAGAAGGAUGCCUUUGUUAAGGCUUGGAAUAAGAGGAGAAGGUAGAGCUGUGGUGAAACAAAUGGUCAGGGGUUGGUUUGUGAUAUGAUGUUUCUAAUGCGCAUUUACAGGCAAGCAGGAAGGAAUCAAGAUCGGAUAUAGAGGUUGGGAAAUUUUGGAACAUGCAUGAUCAUUAGCACUAUACCAGGACAAGAAGAUCAUGUCCGUGUCGAUAAUUGGAACCCAAUGUAACAAAAAGUUCAUCAAAUUCUUGCUUGAUUAUACUUGUCAACCGCCAACCUGGUAUAUCUUUUUCCGCAGCCAACCACCCAAAAACAGGCAAACAAUAAGCGCCUUUUUCCCAUGCCAAA